AUGGCUAGUUUACACGAGCUUUUGACGCUCAAGACGCUGCCCGUCGACGGGACGUACGUGGCAGAGCUCACGCGGCUCCUCAAGAGCGGAAUCCCAGCGACAUACACUAUCGAACAGGUUGCAGCGCACGAGGCUGGCCAGGACGAGGCUGACGAUACGGGCUCAAAUACCACACCGCUGCACGUUCUGUUGCGGUCACUGCCAGACGAGCUGAGCGAGGAGGAGUGCCAGGUUGUGCUGCGGCUGAUGGACGUGCUCUUCGAGUUCGGCGCCGGUUGGAACUUCCUGGACUACGAGAAUAAGAGCCCUGGCGAUCUGCUUGUCGAGCAGGGGUAUAGCUGCGGGCAUCCACUGUACGAACGGGUUGUUGAGGCCGGCGUGUGCGCGGAGCUGCUUUUGCGGAAGCUCAACGACGACAUUGAGUUCAUCGAGGGCCCGGAGGACGAGGACGAGGAAGAUGAAGAGACCGAGGAGCCCGCGGCCGCAGAAACGACUGCGGAUGCGACUGCUGAGGCAGACGAAAAGCACGGCGCGCCCGCGCGCGACACCGCCGAGCACCAGGAUGCGUACCUCAAGGCAGAUCUCGAGUAUACCGACGGCUCGCUUGUCACCAAGGAAAACAAGGACGGCGUCAUGAUGGACUGGGAAACAGACAUCAUGCGUCUGGCGCGCGACUCCAUGUUCAAACAUUGCGGCUCCGGCGCCGUCGUGCUUAACAUCGGCUUCGGCAUGGGCAUCAUCGACACUUUCAUCCAGGAGCGUGGCCCGGCCAAGCACUACAUCUGCGAGGCACACCCCGACGUGCUCGUACACAUGCGCAGCGAGGGCUGGUACGACAAGCCAAACGUCGUGGUCCUGGAGGGACGUUGGCAGGACUCGCUCUCUGCGCUGCUGGACGAGGGCACUGUAUUCUUCGACGCCAUCUACUACGACACCUUCAGCGAGCACUACAGCGACAUGCUUGAGCUAUACGACACCAUUGUGGGCCUGAUCAAGCCCGAGGGCCUGUUUUCCUUCUUCAACGGGCUGGGUGCCGACCGCCAGGUGUGCUACGACGUCUACAAGCGCAUUGUCGAGCUCGACGUGCGCAACUACGGCAUGGAUUGCAAGUACACGAUCGUACCACUGCCACAGAACCCGGACUGGGCCGGCGUGCGCCGCUCCUACUUCGCGUGUGACAGGUACUACCACCCUGAGAUCAGGUUCGCCUGA